ACCAAAACCAAUGUAAACUUAGUGCCCUAACUACUAAUAAGAAGGCUAUGAUCAUAUCUGUUUAUCACUAUCUUCAAAAAAAUAAUCAAAUUAUUAAACAGUUGCACCAAAAAUUUAGUCUUCGCAAAGAAGUUUCUUUAGCAACAGAAGAGAGUUUAAAUUAUCAAAACAAGGCCAACGUUUUUGAAUUAUCAGAAUUAAACUUUUUUAUUUCAAAAGCACAACUUUCACAUGAUUUAAAAAAUCUUGGCUAUUAUUAUGGAAAAGAAGUAGUAAAAAACAAGAUUAGAAGUCAACCACAAUUACCAGAUAUUCUCUUUUUAUGUAAUGCAUUAUUGUGUGCUUUUCAAGAAGAAGUUAAGUCUGAUACUAUUAUCUUAAGUUGGAAAAAAUGCUUAGAAAAAGCAAAAAAAUAUUUGAAGUUAAUUGAUUUUGAGUUGAGUGAAGAAGAUGAAGAUGAUGAAAGGAUUAAUUUGUCAGAUUUAGAGGAUCAAACUUUUAGUGAUAA